AUGGCUGAAACUACUGGAAGAAAGAGAACUUUCAAGUCCUUUUCCUACAAGGGUGUUGACUUGAAGGACUUAUUGGAAUUAGAAACCGAAGAGUUCAUCAAGUUGACUCCUGCUAGAGUUAGAAGAAGAUUCUCCAGAGGUUUGGGUACCAAGCCUCAAGGUUUGAUCUUGAAGUUGAGAGCUGCCAAGUUGGCCACUCAACCUAACGAAAAGCCUGCUGCUGUCAAGACUCACUUGAGAAACAUGAUUAUUGUUCCAGAAAUGAUUGGUUCUGUCGUUGCUAUUUACAACGGUAAGGUUUUCAACCCUAUUGAAAUCAGACCUGAAAUGGUUGGUCACUACUUGGGUGAAUUCUCCAUCUCUUACACCCCUGUUAGACACGGUAGAGCUGGUAACGCUUCUGCUAGAUUCUUCCCAAUCCGUUAA